AUGGAUUCCGUCUUGCGGCAGUCCAAGGCCAUGUGCCCCUUCCUCAAGAAGUCGUCCCCUGCGACCUUGAGGGCCCUCUCGACGGCUGUGCGUCCCCAGGCCGCCCAGUCCCCCUGCGGUGGCACCAUGUCGAAGCUGCAGCUUCUGGCGAACCGGUGCCCCAUCAUGGGCAAGGCCAUUGCUGUGCGAUCCGCUCACUAUGGCCGCACCGACAUGGCUAAGCGCUCGGCCGUUGCUGGGCUGAGGGCCUUUAAUUCGGCUGCCAAGGUUGGGCGGGCUGGUAUUCAUACUAGUCGGCCUGAGGGUGCUCGUCUUCAGGAUUCUCUGUUUGACCGUCAGCAGGGUGAACCCCUCCCUCCGUCCCUGUACCCCGGUCGCAGCGCCACCCCGGCUCCGAGCGCCGAUUCUCCGGGCCGCUUCGACUACGAGGCCUUCUACACGAACGAGCUGGAGAAGAAGCACAAGGACAAGUCGUACCGCUACUUCAACAACAUUAACCGCCUGGCCAAGGAGUUCCCCCGCGCCCACAUGUCCAGCAAGGAAGAGCGCGUGACGGUAUGGUGCGCCAACGACUACCUCGGCAUGGGCCGCAACCCCCACGUCCUCAACAAGAUGCACAAGACUCUCGAAGAGUACGGCGCCGGCGCCGGCGGCACCCGUAACAUCUCGGGCCACAACAGACACGCCGUCGAGCUCGAGGCUACGCUCGCCCGUCUGCACGCCAAGGAGGCUGCUCUCGUAUUCAGCUCGUGCUACGUCGCCAACGACGCGACUCUCGCCACGCUCGGGAGCAAGUUGCCCGACUGCGUGAUUCUGUCGGACAGCUUGAACCACGCAUCGAUGAUUCAGGGCAUCCGACAUUCGGGAACCAAGAAGAUCGUGUUCAAGCACAACGACGUGCAGGAUCUCGAGGCCAAACUCGCCUCGCUCCCGCUGCACGUCCCUAAGAUUAUCGCCUUCGAGUCCGUCUACAGCAUGUGCGGCUCCAUCGGCCCCAUCGAAGCCAUCUGCGACCUCGCCGACAAGUACGGCGCCAUCACCUUUUUGGAUGAAGUCCAUGCCGUCGGCAUGUACGGGCCGCACGGCGCCGGCGUCGCCGAGCACCUCGACUUCGAAGCCCAUAAGCGCGGCCAGUGGGAGGGUACCAUCAUGGACCGCAUUGACAUCAUCACCGCCACCCUCGGAAAGGCCUACGGCUGCGUGGGAGGCUACAUUGCCGGCAGCGCCAAGUUCGUCGACAUGAUCCGCUCUCUGGCCCCCGGCUUCAUCUUCACCACUUCGCUGCCGCCUGCCACCAUGGCCGGCGCCACGGCCUCCAUCGAAUACCAGAUGGGUUACGGCGGUGAUCGACGGCUGCAGCAGCUUCAUACCCGGGCUGUGAAGGAGGCCCUCGAGGCCCGCGACAUCCCCGUCAUUCCUAACCCGUCGCACAUCGUACCCAUCCUCGUCGGCGACGCGGAGCUCGCCAAGCGUGCUUCGGACAUGUUGCUCCAGGAUUAUAACAUUUACGUCCAGUCCAUCAACUACCCCACCGUCCCUGUCGGCCAGGAACGUCUCCGCGUCACCCCCACGCCCGGACAUACCAAGGAGCUGAGGGAGGACCUUGUCGUCGCGCUCGAUGAGAUUUGGACUAGGCUCGGUAUUAAGCGUACCUCGGACUGGGCGGCCGAGGGCGGGUUCAUUGGCGUGGGCGAGAAGGGAAGCCCUGCUGUUGAGCCGCUUUGGACGGAUGGACAGCUUGGUAUUGAGGAUAUCAGUAGGGAGAUUAGGGAGGAGGGGAAUGAGGGGGGCAUUGUUGAUGUGCUUUUGGAGAGGGAGGCUGCUGCUUCUGCUGGCAGUGCCUAA